AUGGCAAACGCUCUGGCAAGCCGUCCCCCCGUGCUGGCUGCGAGGGUCGGCAGGGUGCAAACCCCUGGCGCCAGCACUGCAGCUCCCGCUCGGGCCCCAUUCUUCCUCUGCACGCUGGCUCACCGUAGAGCUUCUUUGGCUUGCAAUGCAUACAAAGUGACCUUCCAGCUUGAGAAUGGCGAGGAGGAGACCAUCGAGGUCCCUGAGGACCAGUACAUUCUGGAUGCUGCCGACGAUGCGGGCCUGGACCUGCCCUACUCCUGCCGCUCAGGCACUUGCUCGACCUGCGUGGGAAAGGUGAUCACUGGUGAAGUAGACCAGAGCGACCAGAGCUUCCUGGACGAUACCCAGAUGGAGAAGGGGUAUGCGCUGCUCUGCGUGGCCUACCCAACCACCGACUGCGUCAUCCAGACCCACAAGGAGGAGGACCUGUACUGA